UAUCGUAAAUGUGACACUCGGGAUGCUGAACUGAUUUGCCAGGUGCUACCAUCGGUGCUACUUCGAUUGUAUUCUGAAGAACGGGUUCUCGGAAUCAUACUUGAUUUCUGCUUCGCGUUAAAAUCUGAUGAGUACCCCUCCAAUAUCAAACAAACAUUGCGAAUGGUAUUUGAGCUGUGCGAGCGGAUGAGGGACAGUCAACGUCUUUCAUCGCUUAUGGCGUCUGGCCAGAUAGUGAUGGCACGAAUCCAGCAGCGGCCCAUGGUGUCAGAAGAGGAUCGAGCUGUGGCUUGUUGCCUUCUCUCGGCUGUGUCACCUUAUGAGGAUAUUGCGAACAGAUUCUACGUCUAUCUAGCAGCUUUGACGUCGACGAUACCGAUUGACGAAUCUUAUGAGUUUCUUAUGAGAAAAGCUCUUGAUGAAUGCUCUCCAUCAUCCGGCUAA